AUGAUUGGCAUCUUUCAUGUUUUCAUGUGGUAUUUUGUACUGACUAUCUAUAGUGGACAAAUUAAAGGAUUCUUUGGAAUAUAUGAGCCUAUAACUUACAAGGCAGGAACUUCAUUAUGGGGAGUUAAUUUCAUUCUUGCAGGAUCCUUUAUAAUAAGAACAACAAAGCAUCCAAAUAAAUAUCUGAUUAUCAGUGCUUUGCUCCUGAACGUCUUCGCCUUCCUUACUGGAGUAGCUGGAAUCAUUCUAACACUCGUGGAGCUGUCCAAGUUCCCUUCUGUGUCCUAUAGGAGUUAUGGGCAAGCAAAACUUGGGAGGGAGGUGUCUCGUCUCUUACUGCUUUCCUACCACCUGGAAAUUGGAGUUUCGUUUGUGUACUCACUCUUCAGCUUCCUUCACCUGAAUCUGCAGCCUCAGCACAGUUUCGAGGGCCCCGUGCGCUGCAGGCGUCCGCGUGGGUGGGUGUCCCCGCGCUCCGUGGCCCCGCAGCCGCACUGUCCUUCACGACCGCCAACGGCGUUAGAGCCCCACAGCGAGGAGGGGAUGAGAGGCCCCGCUGAGGGAGCAGAGACCACCAAGCAGCUCAGUGACUUGGUGGCCAUGGAAAACCAGGGGUCUUGCAGCCACCACAGAGGCCUGGCGUCCACUGAAGACCCCAUGAAAACACCAUCCUCUGACUGUAGUCAGUAUCUUGUCCAAACUCGCAGCUCCCUGAAAAACACCUAUUGCCACUUGGUGGUGGCCAUUUAG